UUUUUCUGAAAAAUGGCGGCGAGUACUGGUGGUUGUUCAUCAUCCUCAGAUUCAUUGUUUAACAAUUUUUAUGUUGAGGUAAAAGAAAUAGAGAAGAGAGAUUCUGUCCUUACUCCUAAACAACAAAUUGAUCGUCUUCUCCGUCCUGGCUCAACUUACUUCAACCUUAACCCAUUUGAGGUUCUACAAGUGGAACCAGAAGCUGUUUUAGAUGAUGUAAAAAAACAGUACAGAAAGUUGUCUAUCCUUGUUCAUCCAGACAAGAAUGUUGAUGACAGAGACAGAGCCCAAAAAGCUUUUGAUAUUAUCAACAAGGCAUAUAAAACACUAGAAGAUGAACAGUCAAGGAAAAGAGCAUUGGACGUUGUUGAAGAAGCGAAAGGUCGAACUGAUCAAAUGAUAUCAGAGAAGAGAAAGAAACAGAAGAAGGAAGGAAAGGGAUCCAAAGUAGAAGAGGAUGACCCUGUUAAAUACAAGCACGCAAUAUAUGUCAUGACAAUGAAACUUUUUGCGGACAUGGAGAGAAAGAGGCGUCAGUUGGAGGAAAAGGACAUGGAAAUGAGAAAAAGAAAACGUGAACAAGAGAUUGAAGAUGAAGAGAAGCAGAAAAUAGAAAAGGAGUGGCAGAAAAAUUUUGAGGAAAGCCGAGAAAAUCGAGUCAACAACUGGAAAGCUUUUCAACAGGGAUCCAAAACUAAAAAGAUGAAGGGUGGAUUUAGACCUCCUAAGCAUAAAGCAGAACAGAGAUGAUUUCCCUCACGAAAUGCUCGACAUUCUUUUUAUCAUACUUCAUCUAUCAUCUUUCUGAUUUCUGUGUAACCAUCACCAGGAGAUCAUUGUCAUGGGUGUUUGAAUCAGAUAAUCCGAUUCCGUGGUGAACAAUUCAUGAUUGUAUAAAAAAAAAACACCAUUAUUUGACAGAGCACAGAGCUUCUGAAAAACGUACUUUAGUAAGAAUAUAAUUUUGAAGAUGUUUUUUUGUUAGUAUUUUGGUGUUAAGGAUAAAAUAAACAUGACAUCUUUUUCACAAUUCCCUGUUGCUUCUUACCAUAUGAACAGAAUCAAGAAAUGUCAUGUUGUUUUUUGAGGGUUUGAUAACCUUAAUUAUAAUACAGUACAUUUAAAAUGUAAUUUUUAUAAACAGACUUGAAUACUUAAUAGACCAACACAUUUUUUUCUUCCUUAGUGUUACUUUCUCUUUUUUUUUCCCAAUUUUUAGCACAUGUACAUAUAUCCAUUAUAAUCUUUUGUUUCGUUUUCGAAUAUGCUCAGAUUUUUAUCAUUAGGAGACUAUUCUAAUUAAGUGUAUUUUUUUGGUAGACUUCCAUGUUUUAUUUUAAUAAAAGAAACUCAAAAUUAGUGCCAGUAAACUAUUAAGUUUUCUCUACAAAUUUGAAGUGUUGUGAAAGGUUUAAAUGAAAUAUCAAUUAACUGUAACUCGGUGAGAAACAGACAAAAAUAUUAUGAACAACUUAAUUUGGGUCAUAUAAAAGCUUAUGAAGCUUGCAUAAAUAUUAAAGAUGAUGAAAAAGAAAUUCGGACAGUUUCUUCAAACAUCAUUUGUACAAAAGGUGGAAUAUUGAAAAAUGUAAUUUUUUUUAUGUUCCAGAUGUUUUUAUUUUACAUCUUGACAACAAAUUUUGUUGAAUUCUCCAGUCUAUGAUGCAUGUCAGAAUAAGAACGUAAUUAGGAAAAAUAUUUUUCACACGUUUGCUAUGUUACUUUGCUGUUCAUCUACGUUUAGCGAGUUUUCUUCAAAACUUGGUGUUUUGGAAAAAAAUUGCAUAUAAUACUCUAGAUGUUUGAAAAAUGUUUACAGAUCUAAAAAAAACUCGUGGCGAUGGGUAUCUCAUUUACGAUGUAAUUUGUUGAUGUGAAA